CAUUGCAGGGGGAUUGGACUAGACGGCCUUUAAAGGUCCCUUCCAAUCAGACAAUAUGAAAAAUCAUUAGGUGGGUCUAGGGCAUGGUGACACCUUGUUGUUUGUCUCAGUAGAAAAUCAGUGCUGAAAGUUUAAGCCAUCUUAAUUGUCAGACUUCAGUUCUGAAUUAUCGUUAACUGACUGAGUGUUCCGUGUUCAGCUGUUCUUUUUCAGAGAACACCAGAAAGGGAGGAGUCUCAUCCUGGAAAUGCUUCACUCAGGGCAGUAUAACUGGAGGAAGAGAGUCCACUGAUCUGUUGCGCUGGUUCAAUGUUCACACUGAUAAUGAAACAAAACAAAUUGCAACUGUUGCUUGGUUAAUUGUCUUAUCUGCUGAUAAACAGAAGCACCAACAUGCAGAUAAAAGCAGAUGGUGGUGCUCUUCAAGCAAAUAAUGCAUUAUAAUUUAUAUAAGGACUGUAUCAUGGGGCAGUUUACAGUAAGUACUGAUAACUGAAACAACAGGAGGACAAAAUGACUAAUAAUUGAUAGCUUUUAACAAAAGUAAUUAGGUUACAAACCAAACCCGUGGAUUGUAUCCCGUUAUUUUUGUUGCUCUGCUCAGCCCACCCCUCUGCUCACUUGCUCCUCUUAGCCACCUGGGGAGAGCCAGAGGGUCACAGAAAGGAGACUUGUGGGUCAAGCACACAGUUGUAAGGAGCUGCAUAUAGAGGAGCGAGGAGGUGCCUCAGUGCUGCACGAGCACUGCUUGGCUGUGGUAACUGGCUCUACUGCCAUCACAGAUUCCAAAUGCAGCUGCUGUAAGAAGGAUUGACUCCAUCCCAGCCAAAACCAGUGCAUCUGUUUAUACAAAUGGUACUGUCACUUUGAAUAAUUUACUUAAUAUACAUCUUUCUGUGAAGGUAGCAUGGAUAAUUUUGUCACGGUUCACCAGCAUUUGCUUGCUUGCACUCAACGUUGUUUCCAUUGCCAAAUGUUUCCAUUGCAGAUGUUACAUGAGAGUCUUCCAGUAGCUGAAAAAAGAAGCCAAAAACUAUAGCUGAUUUCAGAGAUACAAAGUUGUGAUAACAUUUCUAUUAAAUAUACACACCAUUUUUAAGUACAAAAAGAUAUAAACAGUGGAGGAUUUAUCUGCAGUAGUUAAGUGUGGUGUAGCUGUAGGAGUAGUAGUUCAGACUAAGUUGCUAUCUGAUAUUCAGAUUAUCAGGGUAUUUCCUCCAGUUGUGGCUGUUCUGACCUUUAUAGUCAAGUUCCUCCUGCCCAUUUUUCGCGUUGACAUUAAACAUAUUGAUUUAUUUUGCUCCCAGUUACAGUACAGAUCUGUUGCCCAAAGCAGGGCACUGCUGUGUGCCUCUUGGUGCCACCUGUCCCAAGGCCCCAUCUUGCAAUGAGAAAAACCCCAGCCUGGGGCUGGGGUUGUCCCAGUGAGCUCUGAACCACUAGUCCAGAGCUGAAACAGUGCAGGAGAAGGUAAGGGUUCUGCCUGCAUAGAUUUAUAUUUAAAUAUGCAAGGUGGCCGAUUGGGCAGAUUUCUUCCUUGUGAUUGAAAUGAAAUGAUGGUUUUCUGAGCAGUAAUGAAGUUGAUCAGUACUACGUAACAUAAAUAUUGCACUGAACCUUUCUCAGUGUAUCUGUAUUAGUGUAUUGAAAUAGUCUUCAAGCACUUGAGACAAGUGUUUUUAUACUGCCACUAUUUAUUGCAGUGUGGAUGUGUUACUUGUGACGGAAGCUUGAAGAUUUACACCUUGGUAUUGUUUCCACUUGCAUAAAAGCCUGGAAGAGAUGUUCAGUUUGGACUUAAAGUGCCUCGUAGGAAAUAGUACCUGCAUAGAGAGGAGCUGGCUGCAGAAUCAGACGUGGACACCCUCUGCUCCCAGUAGCCUUGAUGUGUUCUCUGAUGUUUUCCGUCAGACAGAUGGAGAGCUGCUCCCAGUGCUUCGGAUAGAGUGGAAGGUGGCCACCGAUGCUAGCAUCCGCUAUCUCCGAGGGGCAGAGCUGGCUGUGAUGCAAGUGAGCAGCAAUCAACAGAUCUGUGCCCAGUUUGAAUUUCAGAACAACUUGCCUCUUCAGGUCCGCCCAGAUGGAGGCCGGUGGAAUUUCACUUUUAACCGCUUUGAGGUGGAACCUGGCCAGACUUACCAAGUGACUGUCUACCACUUACCCAAACUGAGUGUAAAGGGAGACUACAAUUGCAAGUCCGUGUCUCUCACAAUGCCUGAUUGCAAGGACUCUCUGAUGAAAAGAACCACCCCAUGUGUAAAGACAGGCAGCCUGUGGGAGCCCAAGAUCCAAGCUAAAAGUCUAGAUGAUAUAACUCUGCUUGUGAGCUUUAACCCAUGGAAGGAGCCAACCCGAUACCAAAUUCAUGUGACCAGUUUCCUGAAUGAGAGGAAGUGUAAAAUGAUCACACGUGAUGUCACAGAGGGCGAACUGCAACCACAAGCAAAUGUCACAAUCAAAAUGGAGAAGAACUUGAAAGCUUGCUGCAACUACAAAGUACAGAUUCAGCCAUUCUUUGCCAUCUGUGGUACAGACUGUCUGAGGCACUCUACUUUCAUCCCAUGUUCACCAGCUCCAAGUGUGGGCCCAUCAGAUGAUAUGAUGAUAUGGGUGUACUGGUGUAUCACUGGGAUCUGUGUGUUACUGGUGGGAUCAGUCAUAGCAGGUGUCAUUUGUAUGACCAAAAAACGAGCAGGACACCGGCGAGGAAAGUGUAGCCACUAUGAUUUGCAGACUGCAGUACCACCUACCAGCCUUCCUCUACCACCCUUAAAGCCUCGAAAGGUUUGGAUCGUGUAUUCCGCCGAUCACUUGCUCUACGUGGAUGUGGUGUUGAAGUUUGCUGAGUUUCUGAUGACUGUCUGUGGCACUGCUGUAGCCUUAGAUCUGCUAGAAGAUCAUCAGAUCUCAGAGUUUGGGCCAUUACCCUGGCUCACUCGACAGAAGAAGGAAAUGGAAGAACUAUCCUCAAAGAUCAUAAUCUUAUGCUCACAAGGCACCCAGGCCAAAUGGCAAGCCAUGCUUGGGAGCGCACCUGUGUGUCUCAAGCAAGAUCAGCAAAAGCCAACUGGAGACCUGUUCACCCCAGCCUUAAAUUUGAUCCUGCCAGAUUUCAAGAAGCCAGCCUGUUUUGGAAUGUAUAUAGUCUGCUAUUUUGAUGGGAUAAGUAGCGAGAAAGAUAUUCCUGAUCUGUUCAAUGUCACAUCCAGGUACCAACUGAUGGACAAGUUUGAGGAUAUUUAUUUUCGGAUUCAGGACUUGGAGAAGUUUGAGCCUGGGCGCAUCCAUCGAAUCCAGGAAAUCACAGCUGAAAACUACAUUGAUACCCCUAGUGGUAGGAAGUUGAAAGAGGCAGUUGAGAAGUUCAGAAACUGGCAGACAGAGCACCCGGACUGGUUUGAGGCUGAAAGCAUCAACCUGGAUAAUGAUGAAGAGUUGCAGUCCCUAAACAGAGAGAGCCAGGUGGAUUCGUUGCUAAGUGAACCAGGUGGAAUUGUGAAACAGCAGCUGCACUUACGAGAACCUGACCCUAACUGCUGUUAUGUCGUUAAUCUCCACAUUCGUGAAGGUGAGAACAGAGGUUGUAUACUACAGCCUCAGCUUAAUCUCUGUGGAGAUCCAGCUUCUCAGACUCUGAUUGAUCCUUUGGAUGAGGCUGCUCCAGUUCAGAGAGUAGAGCCAGUCUCUUCCAUGGAAGACAAAAAUAUUUUUGGCCAUCAUGUGCUGAGUAAUGAGGACUGCAUGGAAGGAGUUCAUCUUCUGGAAACAAGUUUUCCAAUGAGGAAUGACAUCAUCCUCCAUGAUGACUGUGAUGUUUCAGCAACAGAUGACCAGAGUCCUGCAAACCUCUCAGGUGAACUGAGGCACCAUCUGAAUGGGCUUAUGUACUCUCUUUAUCAGCAGAGUGUCAUUCCUUCAGAUCCAUGUUUCUGCCAAGAAGAGGCUGAAAAGCAGCACCAGUUGAUCUUCGAAGACCAGUGCAAAGACCAAAGACAGUCAGUGCAGUCAGACCAGGGUUACAUCUCUAGGUGUUCUCCUUUGCCUCCUGAUGACCCUGUGGAAGAGGAAGAAGAGGAUCAGGAGAAUCAGGUGGUUUGUCAUGAACUCUCUCCAGAGGUCUUGAACAGUCUAAAGAGCCUCCAGCAGCAGCUUUUUUUCCAGGACAUUCAAUGGAGCUCUGAGUCAGGAUAUCCAGCAGAGCUGAUGAAGAUGAGCCCAUCUCCAGAGGACUGUUAGGCUCUAUCUGGGACCUGCUCCAUCUGAAAUACACAGAUGGAAGGUAGUAUCGCAUCCAGCACUGAAACUGCAUUUCCAAUGCCAUCCUUCUCCUUGUAUUACAUGUGACUAAUUGGUGGGAUCUUCCUGUCUGCUGCAGAGAAGCAGGGUUGCCCAGCAGUUGAUGAACAUCUCUGCUUCUAAUCUCUGUGUAGAGAGAAGCAACAAUACUAGCCAUCACUGUGACUGAACAUGCAGUAGUUCUGCUCCUGGGGGACAUGUAUCAUAUUGAGCCCUCACUGCAGAAAAAUAACCUUAGCUCAUCCACUAGUGCCUUCAGAACUCCCUCCAACUGUAAUGAUUUUAUUGCACUGGACAGAAAACAAGGCCAAGAAUCAGAUUAUAGAAUUAGAGUGGCAAACUUUUCAUCAAACCAGUUUGAUGGGUUUUUUUAAUAUAUAUACAUUUUUUUUUUUUAAUAAUGUGUUUAAAGAUGUGUGCCUUAAAUUUCAGCUAGGUUAGGACUGUCUCUACAUAGUCACAUAAUGGGUUAGGUUGGACCAAAUAAGCUGUGGAGGUCUAACACCCAAAUAAGGCAACCUACAGCAGAUUGCCCAGGCCCAUGUUCAGGUUGCUUUUGAUUAUCCCCAAGCAGUGAGACUUCACAACCUUUCUGGGCAACCCUGUACAUUACUAGCUGCACAGUAAAGAAGUGCUUCCUGGUGUUCAGAAGGAAACUCCUGUUUCUAUUUGUGCCUAUUGCCUCAUGACCUGUCACUGGGCACCAAUGAAAGGAGCUUGUCUCUGUC